GCUGUGAGAUCUAUGGAUUCUUGCAAUGGGUAUGUGGGUUCGCUUCUAUCAAUACCGCGGUGAUGCUUUCAGUCGAUCGAUAUUUAGUUAUUGUUCAGCCAUUUAAAUCAAUGGCAAGAAUAAGCCGCCGACGUGUCUUUCUGAUGAUUGUUGUCGCAUGGGUUUGGUCCCUUAUUUGGAGCUCACCUCCUUUCUACGGUUUUGGCCACUAUAUACCGGAUGGACUACAGACAUCUUGCUGUUUUGACUACCUUGAGCAGAAUGUGAACAAUUAUAUACAUGUGGCAGAAAUGCUCGUUUUUGAAUUACUGACUCCAGUCGGCAUAAUUAUGUCCUGCUACAUGCAAAUCAUACUGGUUGUCAAGCGAAACAUCCGUGAAAUGGCUAGCUUACCGCGAGUUUCGGUUUCAGGCAACUUCAACAAAAUGCUUCCCUGUAAGUCAUCAACUUAUUUUUAA